AUGGCGGAGUUGGGAGGUCCACGUGUAGCGGAUGCUGACGUGGACAUGGUAGACAAUGUCCAGGUGGAUCAGCCAAACCUGCAGGGCGACGCGGACUUGUCGCUAUCCAACGGUCAUGAUCCCGAGAUUGUGAAAUCCGAGGAGGAUAAGAAGGCGUACCGCAUGGUGACGCUCCCAAAUGGGUUAAUUACCCUGUUAAUUUACGACCCCGAGAUUGCCGCGUCAGGGGAUGACGAUGAGGAUGAUGAUGAGGAGGAGGAUGAAGAGGAUGAAAUAGAGAGUGAGGAGAGUGAUGAGGAGAUGAGUGUGGCUGAGGUUGGGGGAAGCGGAGAUGAGGGAAAAAGCAGCGGAAAGGGGAAGGGGGGGAAGGGGGAGAAGGCGGGUAAGGGUGGGAAGUCCAAGGGACGAAAAGGUGCGAGUAAAGGGGGGAAGGGAGGUGACGAUAACGAGGGUGAGGAUAGCGAUUGGGAGACAGCGAGUGAGGAGGAGGAAGUUGAGGGGGAGGACGCAGGAACUGGCGGAACAGAGGAGAAAAAGGCAAAGGUGGUCGGAGGAAAGGGGGAUGGUCAGGGAAAGGGAGGCAAGGUGGCGGCAGUAGGGAGUGAGACGACAGGCGGGGAGGGGAAGGUGGGGGGGAAGAGGAAGAAAGUGGGGGGGAUCCGGCUGGGUGGUGGUGGUUUGGGGCGGAAGGGGAAGGCUGGGGAGAGGAGUGCAGGGAAAGGGAAGGUGGGAGGAGGGGUUGAGGGGGAUGCGGAGGAUGAGGAGUCGCACCUGCCUUCUGCACCAACCAACCCACCCCUUCCUCGCCUCUCCCCACACCUGUCUCUCCCCACCCCUCCCCACCCCUCCCCACCCAACCUCUUCCAGCUGGCGGCGGCUGCCAUGUGUGUGGGCGUGGGAAGCUUCCUGGAUCCUCUCGAUGCUCUCGGCCUCGCGCAUUUCCUUGAGCACAUGCUCUUCAUGGGCAGUGUCAAGUUCCCUGACGAAAACGAGUAUGACGCGUUUCUGAGGCGGCACGGUGGGGGUUCCAAUGCCUUUACAGACACGGAGAUGACGUGCUAUCACUUUGAUGUCGCACACAAGUACCUGCACCCUGCCCUCGACAGGUUUGCGCAGUUCUUUGUGGCGCCGCUAGUGAAGGCAGAUGCCAUGGAGAGGGAGGUGCAGGCUGUGGACUCGGAGUUCAACAUUAGUCUGCAGAGCGACGCGUGUCGCGUGCAGCAGCUGCAGUGCUCCACGUGCGUGCACCCAGACCACCCCUUCCGCAAGUUCUCCUGGGGCAACUGCAGGAGCCUCAUAGACGACCCUGCCAAGCUGGGAGUGGACAUGCGGGAGCGGCUGCUGCAGCUCUACUCGCGGUUUUAUACAGCGGGGGCUAUGAGGCUGGUCGUGGUGGGCGGAGCAGGUACAGGUGGUCGCAAGAGCCUCAUAGACGACCCUGCCAAGCUCGGAGUGGACAUGCGGGAGCGGCUGCUGCAGCUCUACUCGCGGUUCUACACAGCGGGGGCUAUGAGGCUGGUCGUGCAUCAGCUCUACUUCUCCUGGGGCAACUGCAAGAGCCUUGUGGACGACCCGGCAAAGCUCAGAGUGGACAUGCAGGAGCGGCUGCUGCAGCUCUACUCGCGAUUCUAUACAGCCGGGGCCAUGAGGCUGGUGGUGGUGGGCGGAGUUGUGUGGCCUGCAGCAGGUGCAGGUGUGGACAUGUGGGAGAGGCUGCUGCAGCUCUACUCGCGGUUUUACACCGCAGGGGCCAUGAGGCUGGUCGUGGUGGGGGGAGUUGCUGCUGCUGCUGCUGCUGCUGGUGGUGCUGCUGCUGCUGCUGCUGGUGCUGGUGCUGCUGGUGCUGCUGGUGGUACUGGUGCUGUGGGUGCUGCUGCAGGGAAGAAGGGACCGUUGGCGGCGGUGAUGGCAGGAAGCAGAGCAGCUUCUGAGGUAUCCACUGCCGCUACAGCUGCUACAGCUGCUACAGCCGCUACAGCUGCAACAGCUGCUACUGCAGCUGCAGGGGAGGGCUUGGCAGCAAAAAGGGCGGGUGAAGGGACGGUGGACAAGGGUGGUGGUGCAGCGAAUGGGGGAAAGGAGGGGGAGAAAGCGGGUGCAGAGGAGGAGGGAGGGGGUGACGGGGCGCAGUGGAAGGGGGUGUGGGAGGCGGGGCGGCUGUAUGAGGUGGCGAGUGUGAAGGAACAGCAGCAGGUGUCCCUCAUGUGGACCCUGCCGUGCCUGCAUGCUGAGUAUGCGAGCAAACCCCACGACUACCUCUCGCACCUCAUUGGCCACGAGGGCAGUGGCAGCCUGCUGUCGCUGCUCAAGGCCAAGGGCUGGGCCACGGAGCUGGCAGCAGGGGUGGGGGAGAGCGGCUAUGAGAAGAGCUCCCUCGCUUUUGUCUUCACCGUUACAAUCACACUCUCCGAUGAGGGCCUCAAACACGCACUAGACGUGGUAGGGACAGUGUUUCAGUACAUCAACAUGCUGCGUCAGGCGCCCCCCCAGCGGUGGGUGUUCGAGGAGCUGCAGGCCAUCGCAGCCAUGGACCUUCGGUUUGCCGAGGAGGACUCUCCUGAUGAAUACGCCGUUAGAUUGGCAGGCAACAUGUUCUACUACCCAAAGAAGCACGUGAUAGCAGGGGACUACAUUCACGACAAGUGGGAUCCUGAUCGCAUCGCCUACCUGCUCUCACUACUCUCACCACACACCGUGCGGCUUGACCUGCUCACUCACUCCUUCGACCACACCAGAGAAGGCAUUCUCAAGGAGCCGUGGUUCGAUGUGCCCUACACCACAACCCUGCUCUCCUCGGCCCUCCUGGACCAAUGGGCGAGCGACACGUGGCUGCACCCGGACCUGCGCAUGCCUCCCCCCAACGAGUUCAUUCCCACCAACUUCUCCCUCCGCCCCUCCUCCUCCUCCGCUGCUGCUGCUCCUGCUGCUACCACCACCGCUGCCACAGCCACCACCGCUGGUGCCACCAACAUCAGUGGAUCUCCCAACGGGACCACUCCCAGUGUGCCGCGGGUGGUGAGGGAGGAGGCGGGGCGGUGCAAGGUGUGGCACAAGCAGGACGACGUUUUCCGCUCGCCGCGCCUCAAUGCCCACUUCGCCCUCUCCUCUCCCCAUGCCUGUGACUCACCCCGCUCCGCUGCGCUCACGGAAUUGGCUGUGAAGCUUAUCGAAGACUCUCUGAAUGAGGCCCUCUACCUGGCGAGUGUAGCCAAAUUAGACACGCACAUGGCCGUCCAGGGCUUUAAGAUCGAGAUCCGCAUCACGGGCUUCAGCCACAAGCUGCCGACGCUCGCCGCCCGCAUCUUCCGCCACAUCAGCACGUUCCGGGCGGCGGCCGACCGCUUCAGCGCGCUCAAGGAGGAGCGGUGCCGGGCGUACCGCAACGCGCUCUUAAAGCCCCUCAAGCACUCCGCCUACCUGCGCCUGCUGCUGCUGCGCACCCCCGCCUGGACCAUUCCCGAUAAGCUAUCGGCUCUGACCGCGUGUGAUGUGGACGACCUGAAUGUGUUUCUGCAGACGCUCCUCUCCCGGACAUACAUAGAAAUGCUCAUUCACGGGAAUGCAACAGAGGAAGAUGCUCUAAAUCUCGCCACUGCCGUCACCGACACGCUGCCGGUGCCCUCGCCUCCGCUGCUGGACCUCCCUUCAGAGCGCUGCCUGCAACUGCCACGUGGCAAGUCCCUGUUGGUCGAGAGCCCUGUGGGGAACCCGGCAGAGGAGAACUCUGCAGUGGAGGUGUAUUACCAGGCCUGUCAGGACCAGGGCCGGGCGUCCAUCCGAGACCGAGCGUUAGUGGACCUACUUGAGCAGGUCAUGUCAGAGCCAUUGUUCGACACGCUGAGAACCAAGGAGCAGCUGGGGUACCGCGUGGACUGCGGAACCCGCCUCACCCACGGCGUCUUUGGCUUUUGCAUCCGCGUGCAAUCUGCGGACUAUGGGCCCGAGUUCCUGCAGCAGCGAGUUGACUCGUUUCUCAGGACCUUUCGUGAUAACCUGAGCGCCCUGCCUGAAACGGACUUCAGGGCGCACAGGGCAGCGCUGCAGGUGCUCAAGAUGCGCAAGGACCACACUCUUGGGGAUGAGACCCACCGCUACUGGGAGCAGAUCUGGGAGGGCAGUUCGCUCUUCAACUCGCGCCAGCUGGAGGCUGUGGCUCUCUGCAACAUCACGCUCGCUGAGCUGUGCGCGUGGUUUGACCGCCACAUCAGCAUGACAGCUGGCGCCGACAGCGACGGAGGGGACGGCACUGACAAGGACAGCGACAUGGCUGAGAACGGAGAGGCUGGCGCAGGGGAGGCGGGUAACGGGGAGGCUUAUAAGGGAGAUGGUGAGGGCGGAGGAAAGGUGCUUGCAAGGCGCAUGCUGGUACACGUGUGGGGUGCAGGGAAGUGGAAGGAGAGGAGUGAGGGGAGCGGUGGGGAGGCAGGGGAGAAGGCAGCUGGAAGGGCUGGAAAGGCAGAAGAGGCUGGGAAGAAUGGGAAGAGUGGUGGUGAGGGUGAUGGGAAGGAUGGGGGAUGGAGGGAGGGGCAGGUGGUGGUGGAGGUAGGGGAUAUUGAGAAGGAGAAGGCUUCCCUUGAGCUCUUUCCGGUGCUUAAACCUGUGGUGGUAGCGGCGGCAUGA